GGAGAUGAUGAAGAAGGUUUUAAAAGACAUGAACAGGCCUGAUCUGGUGCAGAGGCUGUCAGACUGCAGCUCAGGACCCAAAAAGAAACAUUAUGUGGAUGAACAGCUCUCUACACUGAUCCAGAAAGUAGCAACAAUGGCAGCUGUUAAAGAGAUGCUUUUGGAAACCCUGAAUGAUUUGAGUUUUCAGGAGUUAAAGAAAUUCAGAGAGGUCCUGCAGUUGACUGUCUCCCAGAUGAACCUCCCUGACAUCUCACUGAGGUUGAGUUACAGAGCAAACAGAGCAGCCAUAGUGAAUCUGAUGUUACAGAAUUGUGGUCAACAGUCUGUGGAUCUGAUGAAGAAGAUUUUCAAGAAAAUGAACAGAUCUGAUCUGGUUCAGAGGUUAUCAGACACCAGCUCAAGACCCAAAGAGAAGCAGAGGUCUUCACUGCCCCAGAAAGACGAAACAAUGACACCAGUUAAGGAGAAGCUUUUCGAAACACUGGGAGAAUUACGUUUCUGGGAAUUCUUGCAAUUCAAAGAGGUCCUGCAGGAACUUCGAAGACAGAAACACCUCCCAAGAGUCCAAAUAGAGAGGACCUACAGCACAGUUGACUUAGUGGAGCUGAUGGUGGAGCUCUACGGUCAACAGUCUGUGGAGGUGACCAGGAAAGUUUUAGGGAUGAUGAAAAGGAGAGAUCUGGUGCAGAGUCUGUCAGACACCAGCUCAGGACCCAAAGGUCCUUCAAGAAGCUUGGAGCUUGGGGCUCAUGGAGGCAUUAUGGACAAAACAAUGACACGAGUUAAGGAGAAACUUUUGGAAACACUGGAAGAAUUAUGUCUCGGGGAGAUCGAGCAGGUCAAGUGGUGGCUGCAGAACCUACACAUGAAAGAUCUCCCAAGAAUCCCAGGAGUCCAAAUAAAGAGGGCAGACAGCACAGUUGAUUUAGUGGAUCUGAUGGUGGAGAUUUGUGGUCAACAGUCUGUGGAGGUGACCAGGGAGGUUUUAAUGAAGAUGAACAGGAUGGAUCUGGUGCAGAGUUUGUUGGACACCAGCUCAGGAUCCAAAGGUCCUUCAGGAAGCUUGGAGUCUGGGGCUCAUGGAGGCAUUAUGGAUGAAACAAUGACACGAGUUAAGGAGAAGCUUUUGGAAACACUGGAAGAAUUAUGUCUCGGGGAGAUCGAGCAGGUCAAGUGGUGGCUGCAGAACCUACAAAUGAAAGAUCUCCCAAGAAUCCCAGGAGUCCGAAUAGAGAGGGCAGACAGCACAGUUGAUUUAGUGGAUCUGAUGGUGGAGAUUUUUGGUCAACAGUCUGUGGAGGUGACCAGGGAGGUUUUAAUGAAGAUGAACAGGAUGGAUCUGGUGCAGAGUUUGUUAGACACCAGCUCAGGAUCCAAAGGGCCUUCAAGAAGCUUGGAGUUUGAGGCUCAUGGAAGCAUUAUGGAGUCCAAUGACUGGACUAAACUUGAACCUGAAGUGAACAGUACAGAUGCAGAUGAGGCUCCAACUUACAGCCUACAGUCUGAAGAAGGAAGGUUUGAAUGCAGUGUCUCUGACCUGCGAUGGGUCUGUGAAGAAAAGGUCAGCUUUAAGUACCAGUUCUGGUCUUGGGAAGAACACAUGGAGAGAAUGGAAAGCUUACAAUACAUGCCUGCAGGUCCUCUACUGGACAUCACAGUCAUUGCUGGGAAGUUAAAUGAAGUGUACCUGCCACACUGGAUCUGCACAGAUGACUCUACAAUAUUAGACAAGUUUGCAGUCCUACACAUAGAUGCCUGUGGAGAUGUUGUUGAGGACGUGUCUGAGGUCACAUCAUCCCAUGUCAAGUUAUCCGAACCAGUUUUCUCUCCAAGAGCGGUUCUGAUGAAAAUUGGCUUUCCAGUGAAAAUAAAGUGCAACGUGUUAAUAUACUAUAAAACAAACACAAUGUUCCUCAAACUACAUGUGUAUCUGAUCCCACAUGAUCCUGCUCUACAACAGAGAGUGGACAAGAAGAAAUUCUCCACAGGAUAUGAAAUAAUCGAAAAGCCACAUCCAAACAAAUACCUGAAAAUGCAACAAGGAUUUGUCCUCACCACAGACAUCGACACAGCAGAAAUUUCCCCUCCGAAAUUAACCCUCAGAUAUGACAGCCAAGACCCGAAUUUCUAUGAAGUGUUCAUUGAAAAUCCAGACAGAAACUUCAACUUUACACUCUCACACUGUCAUACAAAUAAGAGUGAACCAGUGUGUGAACCAGUGUUUGAACCAGUGUGGACCUGUAAAAUUCGAAAAGCUGACUAUCCAAAAUCUGGUCAUUUAGAAGCUGCAGCAUCAUCAGCUGGACCAGCUGGUGCUACAGUGAGAGCUUUGGGAUCCUCAAGUGGAGCAACUGGUGGAAAUACUUUGACUGAAGGCAGGUCCACAGAGGAACAAAGUGUGGAUGAACUAUCUGCACUGGUCCAGAAAGCAGCAACAAUCACAACGAUUAAAGAGAAGCUUUUGAAAAUGCUGCAACGUUUGAGAGAGGAAAAAUUCGAAGACUUCAAGUGGUUUUUGCAGGACAGAGACCUCAUCCCGGCAGAACUCCCGUGCAUCCCACAGAGCAAACUGGAGAAGGCAGACAGGAAACAUGUGGUGGAUCUGAUGGAGCAGACCUACAGCCAACAAGCUGCAGAGGUGACCAAGAUGCUUUUCAAGAAAAUAAACAGGAACGAUCUGGUGAAGCAGUUGUGAGACACCAGCUCAGGAUCCAAAGCCAAAAACAAUAAACAAAUAAAAACACAGAAGUGGCCUGUUGAGUGGCAAAAACAAUCCCAUUUUUGCUGCUGACCUAAUUAUUUAGAAUAUUACAGAACAUUUGGACCUGAUCAAACAAACAGUUAAAGGAGUAUUUUACAAGUCUUCCCAUAUUUUAUUUUAUUUCUCAGUGAUCCACUCAUCAGUUGCAGCACUACUGCUAUCUCUAGCACUGAGGAGGACAAGAGGAAAUCAAGAAACAGAGCCGUCCAAAGUUUUUAAGACACAAGUGUAAAAUUAUUGCAUUGUGACUAUUUUUAACUAUGAAAACAAAAUGCAACAAAUCAAAUACAGAGGGUGAUUUAUUUUAGCCUCCGUUAUAACAACAAGAACAUGUGAUGUUUAGAUCAGGUGGCUCAUUCAAGUUUUUUAGCAGCAGAGUGUGUGAAAGACUUAAAGUCCUGACAAAUAAUGUAAAUAUAUUUAUCAGUUGAAAGAUCUUAAAGGGAAAAGAGAAAUGAAGAGAAUCAUCAUUGGUUCUGAUGUUACCAAAGAAA